AGAACGCCAUUUUAAAGGUGAUUCGGUCCAAUCACAAAAGCGCGUUUUGAUGGACAGGAGCAACACACCAAUGAACGUGGAUUAAUUCUGCGUCCCUAUGACGAAGUGACAUGCGCACUAGCCAAUUACGAUUCAAGAGUGUAAAUCAACAGUUUUGGAUAAUUGGCUUUUUUUUACGUGGACGUAAUGAUUACUUGAGUCAGAUGACGCGAGAAAAACAUGACACAAUGAAACUAUUUGCCACCGUGAAUGCAUGAUAAUGAACAAUAUUGACAUUUAUGAACUUAAGGCACGCUACAUUAUAAUGGAUAAUAUCUGAAUUAAAUCAACGACACUUCCUUGAGGCCUGCGAUUGGAAAUGUUUCUGUUACUUUGAAUGAAAAGCUUAUAAUGUGCUGUUUCAGUGUAUUAAAUACAACAUAUCUCUAAAACAAUCCAAAAAGUGACAUGUUGAAUGUUCAGUUGUUCCACUUUGUGUGAAAACAAAGCUGCAAAGAGCAACAGAUUAGCACACGACUUUAUUAAUGACACAAUUCACACUGAUUGAACAGUAUGGAAAUCUUUGAUAAAAGAGAAACAAACUUCUGUUUAUAUUUCCAGAACCAAAACAAAUGUGAAUAAACUACUUUGUUUCAUCAAACCCUGCGUGGGUCGGGACACCUCCUCCGUUGCAAAAAAUGAACAUUUGAACAAAGUCACUUCUACCAAUGCACACUUCCUACAUGUACAUUAAUAACUAAGGUAGAGUGCUGAAGUGAAUACAGAUCGAGUGACUAGCAGUUCCUAAAAUGUAACUAUUGAAGAACGUGCAACAGUCACAUCUAAAUGAGCAAAUCUGCCGAAAAAAGUCUGUGUGUCUAAACAUUAACAAAAGUGCAGUGAUCUAGUGUCUAGCACUGCUGCUUCAUCAUGUCACAUUCAGAUGAGAGCAACCACUAAGUAUUUAUCACAGAAACCUUAUCAUUUAUCGUGGCGGUUUUUUCGUCGGCAAAGAGGAAGAGAACCUUUACGCGCCUUUAGGCGCCUGAGUUCCUGUUCUCGCUGCUGAUGAAACGUGUCGCUGGCCAGUGGACUCAGUCGGUGUGAUGAUGAGGAGGAGGACGGAUGUCGGCCUGUCGGCCUUCGUGCUGCUCUGUCACGUCGCCGCAGUGAUCCCGUUAAUAGUGGAGGAAAAGGCCUCAGCUACUCUGCGCUGUCCUCACCCUGUGGAGGAGAAGGUGACCUGGAGCAGAGAGCUUGGUGGAAGCAAAGUGGACAUACUGACACCUGGAGGUGAUCGGGACAUUAAACACGUUGAGGACCCGCACAAACGAUACAGUUCACAGGCAGAUAAGAGUCUGCAUAUCUACAAAGUCACCACCUCAGACUCUGGGAGAUACUUCUGUAACAGAGAAGACGCUGUGGAGCUGACGGUGAUCCCAGCAGGAGCCGCUGUACGUGAAGCUGAGGAGGGGACACGAGUCACUCUGACGUGUCCUCCUGAUGGUGGAUCACCUGCUAGAAGGUGGAGCACCACUCACACUGGUGCAAUAACAGACCAGAAAGGGUUCCAUGUUUCUCCUGCUGACCAGACGUUGACCAUAACGUCCGUGGAGAUGAACAACUCUGGCCUUUACAGCUGUGAUGGGAAACCUGUUGUGUAUCUGCAUGUGACCAAAGCUGAAGGUAAAACCACAACCUCUGCGAGUACAACCAAGAGACGGAGACACAAAAACAAAAAGACAACAACGACCUCGACCAGCAGAAGACCAGAAACCAGAACGAGUGCAGCGUCGACACCGGGGGGACACACAGAGACAACAACGACCUCGACCAGCAGAAGACCAGAAACCAGAACGAGUGCAGCGUCGACACCGGGGACACACACAGAGACAACAACGACCUCGACCAGCAGAAGACCAGAAACCAGAACGAGUGCAGCGUCGACACCGGGGACACACACAGAGAAAGACCCCCACGCUGCUUUGGUGGUUGGAAUAGUCUCCCCCAUCUUCAUCAUCAUCAUCAUCUUCGUUGUGUACUUUGCUUGGAGACGAAGGCUUGAAAGACGAGGAAGUGCAGAAAUAUGCAACGUCUAUGAGGAGAUACAGGAAGGACCUGCGAUGACGCCUACAAAUGGAGGAGGACGCUCGGCUGGACCAACAGCUUCAGUCUGCAUGGCAGAUUUCACAGGUCCGUCACAGCUCCCUGAAAACCCGUAUUGUUUUCUGAAGGAACCCAAAGGACCUGCAAACAACACAGACGCCCUCUUUCAGUGCUCCACCUCGAUUAGAGGCGUUUAGACACGGGGGUCACAGGUGAAUAGCGUGAUAACGUUUGCUUUGGACCAGGCAGCAACCUCCGGUUCUUCCCUCACGUGUUGUGAGUUGAUCUGUUUUUGUGUAUUGAAGCGAUUAAUUCUAUAAAAAAAUGAAAAUGUUUUAUAAAGAAACUGGGUUCCACCCUGAAGGCGAAGACACUUCAACACUUUAGUUGACAAAAAUCACAAUUUUUUUGGUGAUAAUAUGUGUUCAAAUAAAAUGUAUUAUUCGCUCCUUAAAUAAUGAUAUUCAGAAUCAAAGAGCCAAAUAUUCAGAUUCAGAACGUAUUCGGUGUGAUGGAUCAGCAGUGAAGCUGUCUGGAGGAAGCUGGUCUGAUGUUGUGGUUUUGGUUUCUUCUGCUUGGAGGACGGUUGAGGUCAUAAAGAGGGAAGCACUUAUUGCUUAAUACUUGAAGUUCCCACGGUCUGAAUUAUACACAAACAUGAUACUAGUAAUACAAGUUAGAGGUUUUCUUCGUGAGUACACUUCUUUGUGAGUAAAUAACAGACGAGACACAUUGUGAGCGAUGCUGCAGCUGCAGCGUGAGCUUUGGUCUAAACUAGAGCAGAGGAGGAGGCCUUCAGGGAACUGAAAGGUUUUUGAGGAAUGAGUCACCGGAGUCGGACGCUAACGUUCUCGAUCCAGAUGCUGACGCUGCACACAUCUGGCCUCUGCGAUGCCAACUGAACCUGCUGAUGGUCUCUGGAUGUUACUCCUUAUUUGUUCCACCAAUACGGCAAAAGUGGGCGUGUCCUCGGUCCCUCAGAUGAUCGUCAUCGUGUGUUUUUCAAGCAUCACAGCGGUUCCCUCCACAAAAAGACUAUUUGGAACAGUCAGCGUGUGUGUGAGUCAAACUGUCGUCUCCGAUUCUUCCAAGAUAAUUGUUGUAAAAACUGCCAUAAUGUUCCCCCUCAGUCAUCAGUCUGUCCUCCUCCACUGAGAGGGACACGCGUUCUGGGUCAUCUGAUGAUCAAGAUGUUUGUGCGUUGAUGUUUGCAGAGCCUGUUUUAGCAUCUUUAUGUUCCUGCUCUGGAGGAAGACAUGUAGCCGUGGUGCAUGUGCUGCAUGUGGUGCAUGUGCUGCAUGUGGUGCAUGUGCUGCAUGUGCUGCAUGACUUGUGUGUCACCUGUUUGCAAACAUUAAAUAUCUGAUUUGGAGGAUUUUACACCGGUGACGAAUGAGAAUUUUCUUCACUAUUGAACUUUGAUGACGUUUGAAGUGUAAAGGAACUCCACCUCGGUCACAUGACUUCACGUUAGCCUAUAAACUGUUGUAAACGGAUUGUUGAAAUGUUUCCCACUUUACUUUUGCUUUUAUUAAUAAAAUGAUUUUGUCUAU